AUGCAGGAUUACGGGAGGGACGAGACCCAGAGAAGGGAGGACCCGGAAGAGAAUCACCCAAUGCGGCUGCAGGAGAAGAUCCCGCCGUGGACGCAGCAGCUGACGGUCCGGGGUAUUGUGGCAAGCUUGAUCAUCGGUUCGGUCUACAGCGUGAUCGUCAUGAAGCUGAACCUCACCACCGGGCUUGUGCCCACGCUCAACGUCUCCGCGGCCCUCCUCGCCUUUGUCUUCCUCAAGUCCUGGACCAAACUCCUCCACAGAGCCGGAGUGGUAUCCACCCCUUUCACCCGGCAGGAAGUCACGGUUGUCCAGACCUGCGCCGUCGCCUGCUACACCAUCGCCGUGGGGGGUCAGAACUAAGACAAUCUGAAAUCGUCUAAUUCUAAGUGCCGAAGUCGUCUGUGACACGUAUUACUCGUAAUGCAGCGGGGUUCGGUUCGUAUCUACUGGGGCUCAACAGGAGGACCUACGAGCUAACAGGGGGAGCCGAGACGAAAGGGAACACGCCGGGAAGCUAUAAAGAGCCCGCAAUCGGCUGGAUUACGGCCUUUCUCUUCGUCACUACCUUCGUCGGUCUCGCGAUUCUCAUCCCUCUGAGGAAGGUCAGCCGCCUUUCUCCACUAUCCUCCGCUGUUCCUAAAUUAUUACCUCAAAGCAUCCCUGAAUAACGAUUUGUGGAUUUCGUUCCUGCAGAUCUUGAUCCUCGACGACAAGCUCACUUUUCCUAGCGGCACAGCCACCGCCGUCCUGAUCAAUGGCUUCUACACCGCUCACGGCGAUAAGAUGGCCAAGUACCGACAACAUCCUCUUCGCUCUCCUAGCAUAGCUUCUCUUCAACGGAUGGCUCACCUACGAUCGCUUUUUCCAGGAAGCAAGUGCGUGGAUUCGCCAAGUUCUUCAGCGUGAGUUUCCUGUGGAGCUUCUUCCAGUGGUUCUUCGCGGGGGGAGACACAUGCGGGUUCAUUCAGUUCCCCACUUUCGGUCUGAAAGCUUGGAGGAACACGUAUGUUCCUUUCUAUUGUUUCAAUCACCACGCUCUCUCUCUCUCUAUCUAUCUAUCUAUAUAUCCAUCUCCAUUUCUGUGGUUCUUUGACGACGAUUAGAGUUUUGGGUUCCGCAGGUUUUUCUUCGAUUUCAGCCUUACCUAUGUCGGCGCCGGCAUGCUGGUCUCCCACCUCGUGAACCUCUCCCUCCUCCUCGGAGCAGUCCUCUCAUGGGGGAUAAUGUGGCCCUUCAUAAGGAACCUCAAGGGGGAGUGGUAUCCCGCUAAGCUGUCGGAGGGCAGCAUGAAGAGCUUGACUGGUUAUAAGGUGGGUGACAUUUCGGGUCUUCGCUCGUCGCUUCAGUUUACCUCACGGCUCCCAGCAUGGUUUUCACGGGGCCUUCUGUGCAGGUGUUCGUCUCCAUCGCUCUGAUUCUCGGGGACGGACUCUACAGUUUCGUCAAGGUUCUCGCUCGUACCUGCUGGACCAUAUAUCACAACCGAAAGGGGAAGACGGUAAAAGUCGGUAAGAACCGAGGUUCAUCAGCCCUAUUUCCAAGUCUAUAUAGUCCGAUCUCGAAUGGUCCCAGUGAGCAAUGAUUUUGUCGACUCCUUGUACUCCGAGAUGGCUACUGAACGCGAAAAUUCUCCGUUCAGUGCCCAAUCAAGAAGAUCUCCCACUUGAAGAGGCCCAGAGGAACGAGAUUUUCCUCAAGGACAGCAUCCCCUCGUGGCUGGCUUUCGCCAGCUACGGCGUCUUCGGCGUUGGCUCUGUCAUCGCCAUCCCCCUGAUGUUCUCGGAGAUGAAGUGGUACUACGUCGUCAUCGCCUACCUGCUCGCGCCGAUCCUAGGCUACUGCAAUGCCUACGGCACCGGCCUCACGGACAUGAAUAUGGCGUACAACUAUGGGAAGGCCGCCCUGUUUAUCCUCGCCGCCGUCGCGGGAGAGAACAACGGCGUGGUCGCCGGGCUCAUCGGCUGUGGGCUGAUUAAGUCCGUCGUCUACAUGGCCGCCGAUCUGAUGCACGACUUCAAGACGGGCUAUCUCACCCUCACAUCCCCGCGGUCGAUGCUCCUCAGCCAGGCCGUCGGCACCGCCAUGGGCUGCGUCGUCGCGCCGCUGAGCUUCUUCCUCUUCUACAAGGCAUUCGACGUGGGCAAUCCUAACGGCAACUUCAAGGCCCCCUACGCCCUCGUCUACCGUAACAUGGCCAUCCUUGGCGUGGAGGGCUUCUCGGCGCUGCCCCGCAACUGCCUGGAGCUCUGCUACGGAUUCUUCGCCUUUGCCGUCUUGUCUAAUAUUGUCCGGGACCUCGCCCCGGAGAAGUACGGCAAGUGGAUCCCCCUGCCUAUGGUCAUGGCGGUGCCUUUCCUGGUCGGCGCCAACUUCGCCAUCGACAUGUGCGUGGGAAGCGUGGUGGUAUUGACCUGGAACUGGAUCGACAGCAAGGCGGGUAAACUCAUGGUCCCGGCGGUGGCCUCCGGGCUGAUGUGCGGAGACGGGCUGUGGACUCUUCCUUCGGCUGUACUUGCCCUGGCCAAGAUCAAUCCCCCCAUCUGCAUGAAGUUUGUGAGCGCAUGA